CGGCUCGAAACCGAAGCGUCGCUCACAUCCAUCUCCGACCCUUUCACCUUCUCCUUUCUCCAGCGCCGCGCCCGUGCACACGUCCGCGCCGUCGAAACCCGGCCCCCACCCCAGCCUCGGAGGCGUGCACGCUGCCGCGUAGGAUCGGCUCGCUACUGGGCGUCAUCGCCGCCGACCUCCUCGUUCACCAAUCUGCACCCUGAUCGCCGUGCAGUGGAAACUAGGGGAUCGAUUCCCCUUCUCGUUCGUCGCGGAUUUCUCGCUGCGUGCCGUAUGGUGCGGCGAGUGAUUCUCCAAGAAAUCUGGGGUCGCUGAUCUGAGUCCGCACAGAACGCAGUGGGAGCAAUGAUGAUGUCGGACGACGACGACGCCGAGCCCCAGCUCAACGCGGUGGAGAGCUACUACUUCGUUGACUCCACGGACGAGAACGAGGCUGUCUGCUUCUCCAACCUGCCUUUCCUGUUCGGGGACACUGAUGAUCUUCCUGACUGCAAGAAGAGGCUGGUGCUGCGCGGGACUGGUGACCCGGGCGUCAAGGUGUACAAUGUGGUUGUGGCCUGGAGACUGGGGCUCGAGGGAAAGCAGCCCCAGUUUGCGGUGCUCACAGCUGAAGGUAGACGAUGGGUACGUCUCAUUAGGCCCUUGAAGAGCUACGAGGAGAUGAUCAGGACUCUGCUGAUCACGGCGCAGAUGCUGCAUUUUCUCAGGAGGAAGCCUCAUGAGCCAGAGAAAACCUUGUGGAACCACCUUUGCAAAGUCUUUAACAAGUUUGAUGUCAGACCCUCAGAGGACGAUUUCAGGAACCACCGCUCACUGAUGAAGGAGUUCGCGGCAAAAGAUCCUGUCUUAGUAAAAUCAGAGAUUUUGCAAGUAUUUGUUGAAGGAAGAUCUAGAAAAAAUUUCACUGAGGUUGGUGCAGACCACAUCGAUGUCAAGCAGCCGUUCAUCGCUGAUGAUGAGGACAUAGAUGAGAUGAUUGUGGAAGAUGCCGAUAAUGAAUCUGAUGAAGAAGAGGAUGAAGAUUUGUUUGAUUCAAUAUGUGCCAUUUGUGACAAUGGAGGAGACAUAUUAUGCUGUGAUGGCCCAUGUAUGCGCUCUUUCCAUGCAAAAGAAGGAAGUGGUGAAGACUCCUACUGUGAUACCCUUGGAUACACUGAGGCAGAAGUUGAUGCAAUGAAAUUAUUUCUGUGCAAGAACUGUGAAUAUAAGCAACACCAGUGUUUCAUCUGCGGAGUGUUGGAACCUUCAGAUGGAGCAGCAGCUAAGGUAUUUUUAUGUAACAAUGCUACAUGUGGGCACUUUUACCACCCGAAAUGUGUUGCCCAGCAACUUCACCCUAACAACAUUGAUGAAGCCUCAGAAUUGGAGAAGAAGAUAACAGAAGGGUUUUCAUUUACGUGCCCAAUUCACUGGUGCUUUCAUUGCAAAGGUUUGGAGGAUAGAACACAAGGGCCUUUGCAAUUUGCUGUUUGCAGACGCUGUCCGAAGUCAUAUCACAGAAAGUGUUUACCAAGAGAAAUUUCCUUUGAUGAAAUUGAAGAGGAGGGUGUCAUCAUACGGGCCUGGGAAUUAUCGAAAAGAAUUUUGAUAUACUGCCUGGACCAUGAGAUUGAUAGUGACAUUGAGACACCUGUCAGAGAUCAUAUAAAGUUUCCAAAGAUUGAAAAACCACUUCAAUUUGUAAAGGGUGCUAACUUGUUGCAUAAGAAGAAAAAGAGGACUUACAGUGAGACAGUUCUUGACCAACCUCCAAGAGAUACUGUGAAGAUGAAAAGCAAGGUUCGCAUGCAAGAAAGAGAACAAAACAAACAAAACACCAGAGAAGUUUCUGCCAAGAGUUUCACUGAAAACCCUGUUGACAGACCUGUAAAGAAAAAAGCCAAGUUGAAAGAGAAAACACAGUUGCCAUUUGUGGCCAAGGAUCAUUUUGGAAGCAGUCCAAAAUCUGUGAAAGAGGAAGAACAAGAGUCACCUUCUUUGCCCUUAUCUGCCACUAGGAAGAUUCCCCUGAGUUUAUUUCCUACAGUGGACAGUGAAACUGAAAAGAGAGUGAUUACCAUAUUGGGAAAUAAAGUCUCUUCAUUGACCAUAAAAGAUGUUACAAGGAACUGCAGUUUGCCAUCAACUCAUGUAUACUCUGGCAGACUGACUGACAAGAUACCACAGGGAAAACUUGAGCGUUCUGUUCAGGCUGUAGAAGCAGCUUUAAAAAAGUUGGAAAAUGGAGGUAGUGUCAAUGAUGCUAAAGCAGUAUGUGAACCUGAUGUUUUGAGACAGCUUGCAAGGUGGCAUAGUAAACUCAGAGUAUAUAUAUCUCCUUUUAUUCAUGGCACAAGGUACAGUUCUUUUGGUCGACAUUUUACAAAGGUGGAGAAACUUGUUGAGAUUGUUGAUAGACUUCACUGGUAUGUGGAACCUGGUGACAUGAUAGUAGAUUUCUGCUGUGGGGCAAAUGAUUUUAGCCGGCUUAUGAAAGAAAAACUUGACAAAGUUCAGAAAAAGUGCAAUUUCAAGAAUUAUGAUCUUAUCCAGCCACAGCAUCGCUUUUGCUUUGAAAAGAGGGAUUGGAUGACUGUGCAGCCAAAUGAGCUGCCUCGUGGAUCCCAACUGAUUAUGGGGCUUAAUCCUCCUUUUGGAGUCAAAGCAAGUCUUGCAAACAAAUUUAUUGACAAAGCGUUGACAUUCAAGCCUAAGCUCAUUAUAUUAAUUGUCCCUAAAGAAACUAAAAGGUUAGAUCAGAAGAGGACACCUUAUGAUUUGAUUUGGGAGGACAGUGAGAUUCUUGCUGGGAAGUCCUUCUAUUUGCCUGGUUCUGUGGAUCUUAAUGAUAAAACAGUUGAAGGGUGGAAUGCAUCUGCACCACCCCUCUAUUUGUGGAGUCAUCCUCAUUGGACAAAGAAGCACAUGCAAGUUGCUGAAGAGCGUGGUCACACCUGUAUGGGGAAUAUAGCUUGCCAUGUUGAAGAUAGUAAUCUUUUAGAUGAUCUGCCCAUGAGGAAACAAUCUGAGGCUACAAACAAACGGAACUCCAGAUCAGGAAAAGAGGCUACAUGCAAUGACAGAAAGGCCAAUCGACUUGAUGGUGGUCCUGCUAAGAAGCAAGCAAGAUCUGAAGAAGAGAAGGAAACUCUAGGGAAGAUAGAACACCAUGUGAAAGAGGCUAAUAUACCAGAUAACCUCCCAGUGAAGAUAGCUGAAACUUCCAGGAAAGUCAUCUCUCAUUCUGGAAAAGAUAGAGAGAAUGGCAGGUACAACAGCAGGAGAUAUGAUAACAGGAGUAGGAAGCGGACACCUGAUCACAUAGAGAGCCUCCCCCCUGAAAAGCAAGUGGAAGUUGCAUAUGAAGAAACAAAAGUUAUUAUUCCUAGCAAAAAGAUUACUCAUAACGAACAAAGAGGUGCUUGCCGUGAAAAUAGAAGUUCUUGUGUGGAGGAAACUAAGAGUGCUCAGUACAACUAUGAGAAAAUUGCAGCAGGGAUGCCGAACAUGAGCUCCAGAGAGGGAGGGGAUUCUGACAUGAGUAUCUCACCCCCAGUCAGUAGCAAUGCUCGAAGCAAAUCCAUAUGCUAUUCCCCCUCGAAACCAAUUGAACACUUUGAUACGACAGCUCACCCAGAUAAAUACAUUGACUCUGUGCUCAAUCAGGACAGAGCUCACCCAGAUAAAUACAUUGACUCUGUGCUCAAUAGGGCUACUCAUCAGGACAGUUAUUUGGCACUUAACAGGAAAUAUGAUCCUAUGUUUACUGACAUUGAUGAUAUCUCAAGGAUGAAGGGUUCCAGCAUCGAAGAAGUGACCAAGCCGUAUACUACUGCUCCAACCAGUGAUCCGUACAGCUUGCGAUCUAGAGAUGGCAGCUUCUACAGGCAUCCGAGCUCAGAGGAUUUAAACAUCAAUACUGAUGUGCCUAUGCAAGGAUACAGUGCAAGAUAUGGACAAAUUGGUGGUGACAGUUACCCACAAGCUCGUAUGGUCCCAUUAGCAACAGAUUCAGAAACACAUCAAAGAAUGCAUGGUGGAACAAGUGCUGAUGAUUACCCGUCGACAAGAUACUCCCUUGGAUCUUCAGGUGCUCGCUUUAGCCAACCAGCUACAACUGUUCCCUCUUUUGGGCUCCCAGGUGUGAGUUCACAACGAGGCUCAGGCUCAGUAAUGGACAAGUAUUCUUAUGGGCUCUUGGGUCCGACUGUACCACAGAGCUCCGUUAUUGACAGAUAUACUGCAUCCCUCGAUGGAACGAGCUCCUUGCCUGGCUCUUCGCGUGGCGGGUGGCCUCAUAUCUGAUCGCUGGAACUUGUUAUCUAAGUUUUUUUAAGGCAGAAACUGUGGGGAGUUCCCCACAGUAUUUCAGUUUUCGUUUUUGAAGGGGAUAGACAUGCUAUAAAUGUUAUGCAGCUUUUGACCAGAUCUAGGCGUAACAUGGUAACUAUGUUAGUAUUCCACAAGCAUGCAUCCAUGCAGGGUCGUGUUAAGCAAAAUUGUUUCUUAUAAGGUGGUUCCAUGCUACAUGUAGUCAUGACAAAUGCCAGCACCUACGAUAUAUGCCCUUUCCUUGGAGAUCCGACGAUAUAUGCCUUUUGGCAGCCCCAGGGCAUGAUAUCACUGAUUGUACAGAAAAGUGAACGACUCCUUCCGUAGUUAGAGUCCUAGUAUUACAUCUUUUCUCGGCAAAAUUGAAUGGCUGUAUCAUAUGCUGCCUGUUAGUUGUUUUUCUUAUAGAUUAUCGAUAUAUAAAA